AUGAUCACCCUUCCCCUCAAGCGCCUGCACAAGCCGAGGGAUGACAUCCACCCGCAGGUCCUCCUGCAACAACACAUCAACCGCGCGCACAAGCGCCUCGCGCUGAUGACCGGCCGCGAGGCCCCGUCCAAGCGCGAGCUUGAGGAGAACCUCCACAAGCGCUUGUACAUCCCCCCCGGCGGCCGCCCUGGCACGUCCGUCGGCAAGCGCUUCAACCGAGUUGGCACGAAGGUCAAGACCCUUAACACCAUCGAGGAGUCCGACGUCACCGUCAACGAGUUCAAGGGUGGCAACCAACUGAAGGGCGGCAGGAAGGCUAAAGGCGCCAAGGCCAAGGCUGCUGCCGCCGCUGCCGCCGCUGGUGCAGGUGCAGGUGCGGCUGCUGCAGGCCUCACCCAAGCCAAUACGCCCACUGCCAACAACUCUCUGGGCCUGGCUAUCGAGGCCAACGAUGUCGGAUACAUCGCGACCGUCCAGAUCGGCACCCCUCCGAAGGACUUCAACAUGCUCAUGGACUCCGGUUCCGCCGACUUCUGGGUCGGCGCGGAGAACUGCCAAUCCGAGAGCGGCGGCGACUGCGGCAACCACAACCUCCUCGGCACCCAGAGCUCGUCGACGUUCAAGGCGUCGAACCAGCAGUUCCAGGUCACGUACGGUACCGGUAACGUCGCCGGCGUGAAGAUCACCGAUAACGUCGCGAUCGCCGGUCUCCAGCUCAACGCGCACGAGUUCGGUGUCGCCGAGCAGGAGAGCGUCGACUUCUCUGAUGACUCCGUGCCCUUCGACGGUAUCAUGGGUCUCGCGCAGUCGACCCUGUCGGAGCAGCAGGUGCUCACGCCUCCCGAGUCGCUGGCUCAGGCCGGCUUGAUCAACGACGCGAUUGUCUCGUACAAGAUCUCGCGUCUCCAGGACGAGAAGAACGACGGCGAGGUCACCUUCGGCGGCCUCGACGACACCAAGUUCGACGCCAACACGCUCGUCACCUUCGACAACGUCAACACCCAGGGCUUCUGGGAGGGUGCGAUGGACGCCGUCACCGUUGACGGCACCGACACCGGCCUCCAAGGGCGCACGGCGAUCCUCGACACCGGCACCACGCUCGUCGUCGCGCCCCCCGCGGACGCCGCGGCGGUGCACCAGCUGAUCACGGGCGCCAAGUCGGACGGCCAGGGCGGGUUCACCGUGCCGUGCACGACGAACGCGAGCGUCGCGCUCAGCUUCGGCGGCCAGACGUUCGCCAUCAACCCCGUCGACCUCAAGUUCUCGCCCGUGGACCCCACCGACCUCAGCGGCGACUGCGUAUCCGGCAUCUCCUCCGGCCAGAUCGGCGGCGCGACGGAGUGGCUCGUCGGCGACGUGUUCCUCAAGAACGCCUACUUCUCGACGGACGUGACCAAGAACCAGAUCUCGCUCGCCACCCUCGUCUAG